CCUCUCCUCUGAUCAAAGCUAAACCAGGACAGUAUGACACUGACUGAUUAAUCCUACCAAGCUAAACACAGUCCACGGGUGAUGAUGUUAGAUCUGAUUUGUGGUUGUAUUUGCUAGUCUGUGACUGGAUUCUUCACACACACACACACACACGCAGGACUCUCCAACCCCUGGUCCUAGGGAGAGAUACCCUCCUGUUCCAUACCAUGGUCAUUGAAACAGAAGACACAAUGAAUGUUUACCAAACACAAGAGAAGGAGAUCAUUUCAGGGCUGUCUUACAGGAAGAGAAGUGAUAGUGUUAAAUGGAAUUGUGAUUCUAAUGCCACCAUGGAGAUGAAUCCAGAGGGCCUACCUUCCCUGGACUACAGGGAAGAGGACCCCCCUCCCAACAAACACCUCAAGUACCACACCAGCCUGCAGAACAUGAUCCCAUUCCGCUUCUCAAACAAGUCCAACCCCAUGGACGAUGCGGGCUUCUUCUCCUUCACCUCGUUUGCCUGGAUGACUCCCAUGAUGUGGAGCCUGUUCAGGAACCGACUGGACAAGAGCUCCCUGUCUCUGUCUUCUCAUGAUGGGGCCGAAACCAAUGGGAAGAGGUUUGAGAGGCUUUGGGAGGAAGAGGUAGCUAAGGUGGGACUAGAGAAAGCUUCUUUAGGUGGAGUCUUCAUGCGCUUCCAAAGGACCCGAUUACUGGUGGCCUUCCUCGUCUCCAUCCUCUUCACGCUCUCUGUGUUUAUCGGACCGGCGGUUCUGGUAUAUGAGAUCCUGAACUAUGCAGAAGCCCCUGGGACGUCUACUCUGCUCCACGGUGUGGGUCUGUGUGUGGCUCUGUUCACCUCAGAGUUCUCUAAGGCCUUCUUCGUCUCUAUACUGUGGGCUGUUAACCUGAGGACGGCCAUCAGGGUGAAGAGUGCCUUCUCUGUCGUCGCCUUCCAGAAGAUCAUCUCUCUCAGAUCCGUCAGCAACCUCUCUGUGGGAGAGAUGAUCAACGUGCUGACUAGUGAUGGCUACAGGAUGUUUGAGGCUGUGCUGUUUGGUACCUUCCUGCUGUGUAUCCCUGUGCUACUGACCGCCUGUAUGAUCUACGCCUGCUACACUCUAGGAUACACUGCCCUCAUAGGAGUCUCUGUCUACCUCGUAUUCAUCCCCAUACAGUUUUCCAUGGCCAGACUGAUCCAAGUGUUCAGGAGGAAAGCGGUGAGCGUCACAGACACUCGUGUCCGCACCAUGAACGAGGUUCUCACCUGCAUCAAACUCAUCAAGAUGUAUGCCUGGGAAACCUCCUUCGAGAAGAAAAUCACCGACAUCAGGAAGAAUGAGAAGCAGCUGCUGGAGAUUGCUGGCUACAUCCAGAGUAUCAACUCCUCCAUCACAACCAUCAUCCCCACCCUGGCAACCAUCCUCACCUUCGUAGUCCACACCCUGAUGGGCCUGCCCCUAAGCUCCUCGGAAGCUUUUACCACAAUCGCCAUCUUUAACUCCAUGCGGUUCUCCCUGGGUUUGCUGCCGUUCUCUGUCAAAGCCAUAGCCGAGGGACUGGUAUCGCUAGCCCGGCUAAAGAAACUGCUGAUGACACAGAACCCAGACUCGUACCUGGUCCAGAGACACGGGUCCUCCUCGGCCCUGGUCAUGGAGAAGGCAACAUUCACCUGGGCCAGGCCUGAAGGACAGACAACCACUACGGCACCAGGCACCACAGCCUCUCUGAACGGAGGGAAGGUGGAACCACAGGGCCAGAAUGGGACUCACACACCGGGCAAGACCGAGGCCAAGCCCACUCUGAGAAACAUCUCCUUCAACCUGCCUAAGGGAAACCUGCUUGGUAUCUGUGGCAACGUGGGAAGUGGGAAGACAUCGCUGAUAUCGAGCAUCUUAGAACAGAUGCACCUGCAGCAUGGUUCAGUCACAGCAGACGGAGACUUUGCCUACGUUUCCCAGCAGGCCUGGAUCUUCCACGGUACGGUCCAAGACAAUAUCUUGAUGGGGGAACCCUUCAACCAGACCAGGUAUGACAAAGUCAUCAGUGCCUGUAGCCUGAUACCAGAUCUGGCUAUUCUUCCCUAUGGCGAUAAAACUGAGAUAGGUGAGCGAGGCCUGAACCUGUCUGGGGGUCAGAAGCAGAGGAUCAGUCUGGCCAGAGCGGUCUACUCCAACAAAGACAUCAUCCUGCUGGACGACCCUCUGUCUGCGGUGGACGCCCACGUAGGGAAACACAUCUUUGAGGAGUGUAUCAAGAAGACCCUGAAGGGGAAGAGUAUUAUCCUGGUCACCCAUCAACUACAGUAUCUGGAGUUCUGUGAUGAGAUACUGGUGUUGGAGAGUGGAAAGAUAAAGGAGUCAGGGACACACAAAGCUCUGAUGAAAGCUAAAGGCCGAUACGCACAGAUGAUCAACAACUUCCAGAUGGAGCAUUCACAGGAACAACCUGAGGAGCAGCCGACACAACCAGACCCCAUCGACACGAAGGAGAAGGACCUGGAUGAUCACAAGGGAAAAGGACUAGCUAACCCAGCUUUUGACAUGUCUGAUGAGAAACCGGACGAGUCGGGAGGAAGUCGAUCGGUAUCACAUGACGUCAAAGAGUCUAAGGACCAGCUGGUGACUCAGGAGGGUUCUCAGGAGGGUUCUGUUGCCUGGAGGACCUACCACCAGUACUGUAAAGCUGCAGGAGGGUACAUACUGCUGUCUCUCAUCAUCAUCAUCUUCAUCUGCUUGGUGGGGACCACUGCCUUCAGCAACUGGUGGCUCAGCUACUGGCUGGAGCAGGGAUCAGGGACAGCGAUUGUGUCGAAUUCCACCGCAGGGAACAUCUCCCUGAACCCUGACCUGAGCUUCUACCAGAUGAUUUACGGCCUGGUGGUGGUGGCCAUGCUGGUCUUCAGCUUCAUCAAGGGCUACUCUUUCACCAAAGUCACGUUGCACGCAUCCUCCAAGCUACACGACACCAUGUUCAGAAACAUCCUGAACAGCCCCAUGAGUUUCUUUGACACCACCCCAACAGGACGUAUGGUGAACCGAUUUUCCAAGGACCAGGAUGAGGUGGAUACCAUGCUGCCCUUCAACAUGGAAAACUUCCUGCAGUUCUGCCUGAUGGUCACCUACACCAUCGUCACCAUCUCAGCCGUGUUCCCUCCCCUACUCAUCGCCAUCACGCUGCUGGGAGCCAUCUUCACACUCAUACUCUAUAUAUUCCAGAGGAGCAUCAGAGAGAUGAAGAGGAUGGAGAACGUGAGUCGUUCCCCCUGGAUCUCCCUGACCACCUCCACCAUCCAGGGCCUCACUACCAUCCACGCCUACAACAAGAGAGAGCAGUACAUCCAGCAAUUUAAGGAGAUGAGCGACAACAACUCCAACCACUUCCUGUUGUUUAACUGUGGGACACGCUGGCUGUCCUUCUGGCUGGACUUUCUGUCUGCCUCAGUCACUCUGCUGGUGGCUCUGUUCGUGGUGCUCAGUUCUCCUGAUACCAUCAGCCCUGCUAUGAAGGGCCUGGCGCUGUCAUACACCAUACAGUUGACAGGUAUGCUCCAGUAUGUUGUAAGGCUGUCUACGGAGCUGGAGGCCAAGUUCCUGUCAGUGGAGAGACUACAGGAGUACAUCGAGGGUUGUGUCUCUGAGGCGCCCAGGAGAGUUAAAGACGCCCUCAUCCCAGAGGGUUGGCCUCAUAAAGGGGCCAUCUCCUUUAAGGACUACACAAUGAGGUACAGAGCGAACACCCCCAUCGUGCUCGACGGACUCCAGCUCAACAUCCAGCCCAGGGAGAAGCUGGGCAUCGUGGGGAGGACAGGCUCCGGGAAGUCUUCUUUAGGAGUGGCCCUGUUCCGCCUGGUGGAACCAGCUGCAGGGACUAUCUUCAUAGAUGGGGUGGACACCAGCGCUAUCGGCCUGGAGGACCUCCGCAGUAAACUAUCAGUCAUCCCCCAGGACCCUGUCCUAUUCAUCGGCACAGUCAGGUAUAAUCUGGAUCCUUUCAACAACUAUAGUGAUGAGGACAUCUGGUCUGCUCUGGAUAAGACCUUCAUGAAACACACAAUCUCCAGUCUCCCUGAGAAGCUGCAGUCGGAGGUAGUGGAAAAUGGAGAGAACUUCUCUGUAGGAGAGAGACAGCUGAUGUGUAUGGCCAGAGCACUGCUACGAAACUCCAAGAUCAUCUUGUUGGACGAGGCGACGGCGUCGAUCGACUCAGAAACGGACUCUCUGAUCCAGCACACCAUCAGAGACGCGUUCCAGGACUGUACCAUGCUCACUAUCGCUCACCGCAUUAACACUGUCCUGGAGUCAGAUCGUAUACUGGUCAUGGACGCUGGAAGGGUGGUUGAGUGUGACAGUCCAGAGGUCCUGAUGCAGAGACCAGAUUCUCAGUUUGCAGCUCUCCUGACUGCAGCCAACACCGUCAACACAUGAGCCUGGACACACCCCCAUCUGUCGUCUGGACACACCUUCAUCUGCAGUCUGGACACACCCCCAUCUGUAGACUGGACACACCCCCAUGAGUCUGGUCACACCUCCAUCUGCAGUCUGGACACACCCCCAUGACUCUGGUCACACCUCCAUCUGCAGUCUGGACACAACUCCAUCUGUAGUCUGGUCACACCUCAAUCUGUAGUCUGGACACACCUUCAUCUGAAGUCUGGUCACACCCCCAUGAGUCUGGACACACCUCCAUCUGUAGUCUGGUCACACCUCCAUCUGAAGUCUGGACACACCUCCAUCUGCAGUCUGGACACACCUCCAUCUGUAGUCUGGUCACACCUCAAUCUGUAGUCUGGUCACACCUCCAUCUGCAGUCUGGUCUGAACUCCAUCUGCAGUCUGGUCACACCUCCAUCUGCAGUCUGGACACACCUCCAUCUGCAGUCUGGACACACCUCCAUCUGCAGUCUGGUCUGCUCUCCAUCUGCAGUCUGGACACACCUCCAUCUGAAGUCAGGACACACCUCCAUCUGCAGUCUGGACACACCUCCAUCUGCAGUCUGGACACACCUCCAUCUGCAGUCUGGACACACCUCCAUCUGAAGUCUGGUCACACCUCCAUCUGUAGUCUGGUCACACCUCCAUCUGCAGUCUGGACACACCUCCAUGAGUCUGGACACACCUCCAUCUGAAGUCUGGACACAAAUCCAUCUGUAGUCUGGGCACACAUCCAUCUGCAGUCUGUACACAUCUCCAUGAGUCUGGUCACACCUAAAACUGAAGUCUGGACACACCUCCAUCUGCAGUCUGGACACACCUCCAUCUGUAGUCUGGUCACACCUCAAUCUGUAGUCUGGUCACACCUCCAUCUGCAGUCUGGUCUGAACUCCAUCUGCAGUCUGGUCACACCUCCAUCUGCAGUCUGGACACACCUCCAUCUGCAGUCUGGACACACCUCCAUCUGCAGUCUGGUCUGCUCUCCAUCUGCAGUCUGGACACACCUCCAUGAGUCUGGACACACCUCCAUCUGAAGUCUGGACACAAAUCCAUCUGUAGUCUGGGCACACAUCCAUCUGCAGUCUGUACACAUCUCCAUGAGUCUGGUCACACCUACAACUGAAGUCUGGACACACCUCCAUCUGCAGUCUGGACACACCUCCAUCUGUAGUCUGCACACACCUCUAUCUGUAGCCUCGUCCCACCUCCAUCUGCAGUCUGGACACACCCCCAUGAGUCUGGUCACACCUCCAUCUGUAGUCUGCACACACCUCCAUGAGUCUGGUCACAUCUCCAUCUGCAGUCUGGACAAACCCCCAUAUGAGGUCUGGACACACCCCCAUAUGAAGUCCGGACACACCCCCAUAUGAAGUCUGGACACACCCUCAUAUGAAAUCUGGACACGACCCCAUCUGAAGUCUCCGCCCACCACCUGUCCUUAAUUGUCGGACCACCCCAACCCUCAACGCUUUCUCUGUUUUCCAUGGACACACAUGAAUGUGCAUGUGCCUGCGCGCACGCUUAUCCACACAAACAUAUGCAAACACACACACACACGUGCGCGUGCAUACCUAAAGCCUAGGGCAUUAGCAUCAUGCUAGCAUUGACUAAGGAAGCUGUAUCAGGCAGUAACACCAUUAUGAAGUGACUAAACAGCAGUAACACCAUUAUGAAGUGACUAAACAGCAGUAACACCAUUAUGAAGUAACAAAACAGCAGUAACACCAUUAUGAAGUGACAAAACAGCAGUACCACCAUUAUGAAACCAUAAAACAGCAGUAACACCAUUAUGAAGUGACAAAACAGCAGUAACACCAUAAUGAAACUACAAAACAGCAGUAACACCAUUAUGAAGUAACAAAACAGCAGUAACACCAUUAUGAAGUAACAAAACAGCAGUAACACCACUAUGAAACUACAAAACAGCAGUAACACCAUUAUGAAACAACAAAACAGCAGUAACACCAUUGUGAAGUAACAAAACAGCAGUAACACCAUUAUGAAGUGACAAAACAGCAGUAACACCAUUAUGAAGUGACAAAACAGCAGGAACACCAUUAUGAAGUAACAAAACAGCAGUAACACCAUUAUGAAGUAACAAAACAGCAGUAACACCAUUAUGAAGUGACAAAACAGCAGUAACACCAUUAUGAAGUGACAAAACAGCAGUAACACCAUUAUGAAGUGACAAAACAGCAGUAACACCAU